AUGAAGCCUCGCAGAGUGUCGCCCUGUUUGGGGUUAAUGACCUGUCUUCUGAUCCUCGUGCUCCCGCUGUUCGGGUCGUGUCAUCCAGCCGGGUCAGCUCAGACCCAAACCGUGUUCUUGGAGCAGAUUAACCACUUUGGACUGGACUUGAACUGGAGGAAUCUGUCGUGCUCGCUGUGUAAAGCUGUCUUCACCAUUCUUGAUGUGGCCCUCCUGAGUGAUGCCAAUGAAGAGCGAGUGGCGUAUGCAGUAGGCGAGGCGUGCAUCCGUCUGCAUCUGGCUGAUGAGACUGUGUGUCGAAAAAUCACAGAGCUCUUCAGGGAUGACUUCAUCAGGGCCCUGCAGGAGUCCCUACUGUGGCCCACUGAAGCGUGUGCACUGUUGGUGGGCCCUUCCUGUGGCAAGUUUGACAUUUAUGCACCGUGGAACAUUACUCUGCCAAAGGUUCCCAAACCCCCCGUUACACCACCCUCUCCACCAAAGCCUGGCUCCCCACAGAGCAGGAUCCUGUUUCUCACAGACAUUCACUGGGACAAGGAGUAUCAAGCCGGCAGCGCCGCUGACUGUAAGGAGCCUCUCUGUUGUCGCAACAACUCAGACUUCUCCAGGUGGAGGCGGAUGAAGGCUGGGUACUGGGGAACCGCCAGCAAGUGUGACCUUCCCCUGCGCACUGUGGAGAACCUUCUAGAAAAUGCUGCCAGAGCAGGACAUUGGGACUGGGUCUACUGGACCGGAGACAUACCAGCGCACAACGUUUGGUCUCAAACCAGGAGUCAGCAGCUCACGGAGCUAACAGUCAUCUCCAGGCUCAUUCACAAACACCUUGGACCCAACGUGACCGUUUACCCCGCAGUAGGAAACCACGAGAGUACACCCGUGAACAGCUUCCCACCACCUUUUGUUCAUGGCAACAGAUCCUCGGCCUGGCUUUAUGAGAAGAUGGCAGAGGAAUGGGCGCUGUGGUUGCCAGAGCAGGCUCUAAAGACUUUGAGAUACGCUGGAUUCUACACAAUGGAGGCUCAGCCAGGUCUGCGGGUGAUCUCUCUCAACAUGAACUUCUGCGCACGAGAAAACUUCUGGCUGAUGGUGAACUCAACGGAUCCGGCUAACCAGCUGCAGUGGCUGGUUCACGUGCUCCAGACCAGUGAGGAUAAGGGAGAGAAGGUGCAUAUUAUUGGUCACAUCCCACCUGGUCUGUGUCUCGGCAGCUGGAGUUGGAACUACUAUCACAUUGUCAACAGGUAUGAAAGUACAGUUGCUGGGCAGUUUUUUGGACAUACACACCUGGAUGAAUUCCAGAUGUUUUAUGACGAGGAAACUAUAACCCGGCCUUUAGGAGUGGCCUUCAUUGCCCCAAGUGUCACCACUUUUGUUAAUCUUAACCCAGGAUAUCGUGUUUACUAUGUUGAUGGGAACUACCAAGGCAGCUCUCGGCUGGUGCUCGACCAUGAAACCUACAUUCUCAACCUUACGGAGGCCAAUCACAGUCCGGGGUUGCCAGGUUUUCCAGAAAAGAACCCCAAAUGGACACUACUGUACCGAGCCACUGAGGCUUAUGGUAUUUCCAGUCUGGUCCCUUCUGACUGCAAUGAGCUGUUGCAGACCUUUAUCAACAAUGACCGGCUGUUCCAAAAGUUCUGGUACUUCCGAUAUAAAGGACACGAAUCGGGGCCCUGCAUUGAAUCCUGCAAAACCACCAUGCUGCGCUUUCUGCGAAGCGGACGUUACAGUGAGCUGCAGCAGUGCGACCACCUCAACGGUUUUGGAGGAAGCCUCGUCCGGGCUGCUUUAAAAACUCUUUGUUGACAGGCUUGUUUGGAAGGGUGGCCAACAGCAAUUUAACCAAAAAUGAGCCAAAAGAAGUCUCCUUGUUGCAAGUUGAUCAACAAGGAUUGCACAUAUUUAAUAAGU